GUCGGAGGGUGAAGGAAACCUGCGUCUCGGGGCAGGAGCAUGCAUGAUGCGCGUAUGUGUGCAGCAGCUCUCAGACUGGUGAGUCUGAAGCGCAGUUCAGGCACCAUCACCGGCGGAGCGAUACCACCAUCUCCUCUCAGCCCCGGUUUGUCAAAGCGAGAGUGUGUGGCUCACUGUACCUGAGCGAACGUGUCCAUCAUGUACUAUCGAAAAGGGGGGCAGAGGAUCAAAACUGGACCAAGGGACCUGGCUGUAAAUCUCUGAAAUGCAGAGCCACAUCACGCUCCCAUCAAGAUCUGUCUCCCUGGGCUGGCUGCUGCGGUUGUUUUGCCACUGAUGAAGAUAUUUUUAUUAUUAUUAUUAUUUUGAUGCGCUUCUGUGGAUGUCUAUGAUUAUGUUUAUUCUGGGGCUCUGGUGUAGUGCGUGAGUCAUCGUCAGCACCGGCGAGCAGGAGCUGUUGUCAGGACUCGUUGACAUGCAUUCCCCCUGAGCCCGGCGGCGCCUCCCUCGGUGUUGUGGCGGCAGGAUGCCGGUGCAGGCAGCCCAGUGGACAGAGUUCCUGUCCUGUCCCAUCUGCUACAAUGAGUUCGACAGCAGCGGCCACCAGCCCAUCAGCCUGGGCUGCUCCCACACGGUGUGUAAGACCUGCCUGCACAAACUGCACCGCAAGGCCUGCCCCUUCGAUCAGACGCCAAUCAGCACCGAUAUCGACCUGCUGCCGGUCAACUGCGCCCUGCUGCAGCUGGUCGGAGCUCAGGUCCCUGAUGUGCAGCCGGUGAGCCUCAACAGUGCAGCAGAAGUCGAGAACUAUGAGGUGUGCAGGGUGUGCGUGGAAGAGCUGGCUCUCUACCUAAAACCAAUCAGCGGAGCAAAAGGCGUGGCGACACUGAGUCCGAGUGUCCUCAGUCGGCCAAUGCAGAGGAAGCUGGUGACCUUGGUGAACUGCCAGCUGGUGGAGGAGGAGGGCCGUGUCCGGGCGGUGCGGGCAGGCCGCUCGCUGGGGGAACGAACCGUAACCGAGCUCAUUCUGCAGCACCAGAACCCCCAGCAGCUCUCUGCCAACCUUUGGGCAGCGGUGAGGGCGCGGGGAUGCCAGUUCCUGGGACCUGCUAUGCAAGAAGAUGCACUGAAGCUAGUCUUACUGGCUCUGGAGGAUGGCUCAGCUUUGUCCAGGAAGGUGUUGGUUUUGUUUGUAGUCCAGAAGCUCGAGGCCCGCUUCCCCCAGGCCUCCAAAACCAGCAUAGGCCACGUGGUGCAGCUGCUCUACAGGGCCUCCUGCUUCAAGGUGACUAAGCGUGAUGAAGACUCGUCACUGAUGCAGCUAAAAGAAGAGUUUCGGACAUACGAAGCUCUCCGGAGAGAACAUGAUGCUCAGAUUGUCCACAUCGCCAUGGAGGCGGGCCUACGAAUUUCACCUGAGCAGUGGUCUUCCCUGCUGUAUGGAGACCUGGUCCACAAGUCACAUAUGCAGUCCAUUAUUGACAAGCUGCAGUCUCCAGAGUCAUUUGCAAAGAGCGUUCAGGAGCUGACCAUUGUUCUGCAGAGGACCGGAGACCCUGCCAACCUCACAAGCCUUAGACCACACCUAGAGCUACUCGCCAACAUAGACCACAACCCAGAUGCCCCGGCGCCAUCAUGGGAGGAGCUGGAGAGUGUGAUGCUGGCUGUGAAGUUGGUGGUUCAUGGACUAGUGGAGUUCAUACAGAACUUCAGCAAGAAGAGCCACGACGCUCCGCAGCCUCAGGCCAACAGCAAGUACAAGACCAGCAUGUGCCGAGACCUCCGUCAGCAGGGAGGCUGUCCCCGAGGAACCAACUGUACAUUUGCGCACACGCAGGACGAGCUGGAGAAAUUUAGACUAAGGAACAAGAAGACCAGCAGCGUGGGCCGUGCGUUCCCGUUAGCGCCGGGAGUUAUGGGUAAAACUUUCACUAUGGAGGGCAGCAUCCACACAGAUGUGUCUGGAGGAAUGGGGCAGGGGCUCAAAGGCACGGGGGAGAACACAGCCUCCUUGACAGAGGGAGUGCCCGGCCUGUCUCACCCAGAGCUGAUCCCCAGAGGCGCUGACAUGAUGGAGGAGAUGAAGAGAGCGGUGCCAAAUGGAUCCAACGGGUCCAACGGGCUGUCUAACAGGAGCUCGUCAGGGUCGACCGAACAGAAGCCCAUCUCACCUCCCAGGACUCCAGUCAGUCACUCCUCAGCGUCGUCUCCCUUGACAACAAUUGGGCGGGGUGACGGUGGCGCUCCUAUCCCCAAACAUGGUCAGUUCGUGCUGCGUGCACCACAUCCUUCUCAGGCGUCAGAGCUGUACUUUCAGGAGCCGCACUCUGCAUAUGACACGGCCCAUUAUCAACCAACCUCAGGUUCCUACUACCAAUCUACUCUCCAUCCCUCUCACAAACCCUGCAUGGCUCGCUUCCUUCGAUCCUCCAACGUCCCAGAAUCCUCUCUGCCGCCCUCAAUUGGCCCUCCGCCAUCUUCCUACCCCAGUGACCCUCAGGCACCGCACCCACCUGCCUCCUCUUCCUCGGGGUACCCGCCACACCCGCCUAGAGAUCGAAUGGGGCCUCCUGCCUUCCAUCCCCACCCGGGGCAGCCUCAGUACGGGCCUCUGGCUCCGGCUCAUGGUGUUUAUGCUCCCCUCUAUGACAGCAGGAGAGUAUGGAGGCCUCAGCUGUACCACAGAGAGGAUGCCAGGAGCAACUCACUGCCUCCAGAGGUGCUGCAUUCCUCCGUCUACCAGCCUCCACUCAGGGAGAGAUUCAACUCUCUAGACAGCAACUACUGCUCUGGAGCUGAACACCGUGCAGGGCUACACAGGGAUUAUGGCCGUGUUCCUCUAGGCUAUGAGGAUCUGUUCAGAAGGAAGCAAGAGCAGUGGGCUCAUCAUCACCACCAUCACAACGCCAACAGGCCCUCCCAGUCCUCCCCCAUCUUCACCAUCGAUUUUGGAACCGAGCAUGUGGAGAGCAGCGGAGGCCAGUGUGUGGGGUGCAGGUUCAGAGGCGAGGAAAGCUUAGCACACUACUCUCCGUGGUCCUGUGGCACCAUCGGCCCCUGCCUCAGCCCCUUUGAACCCGAAACGCUCGCGCACACCUCGGCUCACUCCUGCUCAGAGCACUCGGUGAGACUCUUCACACGUCCACAAGAGCUGGACAGUAACGGAGGUGGGAGCGGAGGCGUAAGCGGUAGUGGUGUCGGGAAGCGAUGGCUGCAUUCAUUAGAUCACUACCGGCGCUUAAAAGACGAGGAUCCGAUCAUUCCCUUUAGCGAGGGGCCCAUUAUCUCCAAGUGGGGCGCCAUAUCCAGGGCAUCUCGCACAGGCUACCACACCACCGACCCUAUCCAAGCUACAGCCUGCCAGGGCAGCGCCAACACCACACCCAUCAACUUUAAAGAUUACAACCACCACUUGGAUCACAGUGACUACAGAUGGAGCUCCAGAGGAUCAGACUCUUCCAGCCACUCCAGUUUCCUAGAGAGUGAGCACCUUUGUGCAUCAGAGCUUCAUGGUCGUCGCACAUCACUAAGCAGUGGAGAGAAAAUUGUGACUGAUCUGCAAGCCCGUCAGGCCGCCUACAGCCGGGAUCGAGGCCAUGCCGACAGCGAACCAGACCCAGAUCGAGACAUUGAGCUGGAACUGUGCGCUCUUGACAUGGAAGAUUCAGACCACCAGGAGAUCAAGUCUCAGGAGUCUUUAGACCUGGCCACCCCACAGUCUCAGGAUGCUUCCCACCUCCUCCCACCACCCUGCUCUUCUCCCCUCCUUGCUUCUCCCGUGGAGGAGCACUCCCAAACAGAGGGUCCUUCGUCAGAAAAGAUGGAUGCUCACCUGCUGAAAAAGAUGGCCUUCAGGAAGUCUCUGUCUCCUGGAGGGUUGGUCUCAGGAGGCCUGGCCGUCGGCAAGCUUGUCCUGCGGACUGGACCUCCUCGCCUGGGGGAUGCUCGUCCUGACACGCCCGGGACAGAGAUGCUGCUCAAUGGAAGCUAAGGGGACACAAAGUCAGACACUGACCUGCGCCGAGCUAGAGCUGAGUCGCUUGCCUGCAACCAGAGCCUGGUUAAAGGGAAAACCAUUUAAUUCCAGCCUUCAUAUAUGUCAAUCAUAUGCCUAAAUAAAACUUGACAGAUAUGGGUUAACAGUGUAUGCUGCGCCACAUCGUCAGGGGCAAGAGAAAACACAUUGUCCUGCCUCCUCGGUGGUGAUUUUCACCAAUGUACAGCUCCACAGAGAAUUUAGUGAUAUUACUGUUUAUGCCCAGUAAGGCACAUGACCAGUUUGCCCUUACAGUAGAUGCUGAACUUGUGUCCAUGUUUGCAGUUUGAAUCCUGGUGACAUUUAGGAGAAAGGCUGGAGAUCUCAUAGCAUCUUCACCACAUGGUUGCUCACUUCACAUGACAUUGUACGCAAGAGGUUUACACAUCAUCUACUUUGUUGUUAUUUAACUUGGCGGACAAAGACUAAUGGUUUGACAGAAAGCAGAAGCCUCUACAGUAGGUGCCAGUUUUCAUGCCACUUUUUAACUUUACUAUAGGAAUUCUGUUGAUGUUUUGCUUUAACUAUUCUUAAUUUUUUAUAUGUAGCGUGGAUUGACAGCAGGGACUGAGAUCCCAACAUUUUUAUACUAAAUUUCCUACCAAAUCCUGUCAUUGUGUACCUAGGCUAGUGAGUUCUUGCUACAGUAAGUAUUUUUCUUAUAAUGUAAUGAGUAUAAUUUACUAUUAUGAGUAUAAUUUGCUCUCGAACAGCUGGUUUAGAGACACUCAGCUUUCCAAAAAGACGUCAGCAAAACAGUAACAUUAUUUAUCACUUUUUUAACCUUUUUGCUACCUUGUGAAUAUCUGAUGAUUAUUUCUCAUGUCUUGCUGUCUCUUUACAUCUUAAAGGGUAACUUCAUUUUUUUUUUCAGCCUGAAUCAUAUUUUCCCAUGUUUUUGUGUCUAAGCGACUAAUGAGAACAACAGUUUUCAAAACUGGUCCAGUACUGAGUGAGAGCGCUGCAGCUGGCAGUCACUUACCAGGCUGCAAUGUAACGUAAAUGGGCAAUUGUGCAUCGUCAGUGUACGUCCACUCAAAGUGUCUGUUUUUGCCACUGACAGGCUCAGAUUGUUGAUGUAAAUUUCUGACAACAUGACGCCCAGUUCAGACCAAACAUUUGUGACAAGACGAAUGUGCAGCUACUUGCAAUGUGCCGUUUUGUAAUGUUCUAAAAACCUGCUGGUUCACACCAAUGCAACUAGAUAAGAUGGAGUAUCAUCUCUAUGCAACAACUCUCUGUACUUCGGUUCUGAUUUCCAGCUUUUCAAGCUUAUUUUGUUGGUGAACAUAAUUUGUACUUCUUUGACCAGCUGCAGUUGAGUUGCUGAGUUGCAGGUGACACCAUCAGCUGGCUUGAGCUGAUCUCAGAACUGCAACUUUUCUCUGCAAAGUUCUAAAACGGUUUUGUCUCGUCGCUGAACUGGGCAUUACAGAAAGGAUUCCUACAGAGAUAGACCUUUUUGUUAAAGAGUAAGAUCUUUUUUAUUUAAGCAGAAACAGCCCAACUUUGCUAUCGCCAAACCCACCAGAUUCCAUUAAAAAAAACCACACAUUUUAUUAUUGUAAAACACACUCCAUUCAAAGUUGACAGAAACAAAAUACAACUAAAAAACAUUUUGGUGUGUGUUUCUACUGUCCCAACAAUCACCACACUCUGGUUUUGUUUAAAUAAACCCUAAAUUCACCCAGUUAGAUGUGAACAUAUGCUGACUCUGUACAUACUAAAAUUACUGUUUUUUUAAAUGGGGUCUGGUGGGUUUGGCGAUGGUGAUUUCAGGGCUGUUUUUUGAUAAACAAAAAGGAUCUUAGUCUUCAGUGACCCUUUCCAUAAUGUUGUCUGACAGUUAGAAUAAUAAUCUGAGCCUGUCAGUGGCAAAAACAAGCACUUUGAGUGGACAUAAAUUGACAGUGCACAAAUGCCCCAAUUGAUUACAUUGCAGCCUGUUUGGCAGCUACAAGGGUCUCUGUCAAUACUUGACCAGUUUCAAAAAUUGUUGUCUCCAUCAGUCACUUGGACACUAAAACAUGGGAAAGUAGGAUCCAGGUUGAAAAAUGCUGAAGUUACCCUUUAAAGUAUUUUCACAAAUGCUCCCUAAAAAAAUCAAGAGAUAAAUGUUAUAAUACUGAGAGGAAAAAUGGGCAGGGAACUCAAACCCUGCAAGAAAUUUUCAAAAAAGUGCUGAAAACAGAGGUCUUCACUAUGCUGAUACCCAAACAAGCUCUUAUCUUCUAUGAGUCAUAUGUUGAUCUCCAAAUUCCUUCGGCUGUCAUGAGAUCACAGAACACAAUCACACAGUCAUAAACUAAGUUUUUAAAUGAUCCUUAAUCACUGGGGGACAAAUGAUCAGUAGAGGCCAGGAGGAUGACAACAAAAUAAAGAUGUGUGUAAACUUUUCUGUGAUCCACACCAUACUCCUCACACUGCAUAACUAAUUCUACAAAAUUCUGAAAUCAUAUUUUCAGCUGCAGAUGGAGCUAAUUCAGUAGAUUUCUAUACAAGCCACAUGAACCCACAAUCACUCUUAAAAACUAUUGUUUCAUCUCUGUGUGCCUGUAGUAGUCCUGGCAUUUAAUCCUGCUGACUGUAAGUUAGGAACAAACUCACUGCCCUAUCUUACACACACACACACACACACACACACACACACACACGUGAACACAAGCUGUAAUUCACACACAUUCGACACCAACAUGCAAUACAGUGGCCUUUCUCUCCUUGGUGUUGUACAGACCUAAACAGUUGGCUCUCUACAAUGACUUUUAUUCAUGCCUGUUGACGGACUCCUGUCCUGUUUCACAUGCGUUAUCAUUCAUGUAAACUGGAAAUCACAUUUUUGUAAGCUCAUGGCAUUUUUCUGUGCUUUCCAGUCCUGUCAUAUCUAUGUAACUAAUAUUCAGAGGUCAUGCAUUUCAAGCUUGAAGCCUACAAAAAAGUGAGGGACACCACUUCUUGUGUUUCGUCACGCCGUAUCUUUGUUUGACUUUUUAAAAAGUUUCAGUUUCUUUUGUUUUACGCAUUGCUGACUUCUGUGAAGUUGUUCGUCGGGGUAUUUUGUAUCAGGAUCUUUGUUACUCUUGUUUUUGUUUGCUAUAUUUUGCAUCACGGAGACAAAACUGAUCGGUCUCGUCUAACGUUUCUCUGUGUUCGCCGGCCGUCCAAUGCGCCGCCAUCAGUACACUGUCUAGUUCACUGUUAUUUUGUGCAGUAUGGUUUUGAUUUCCAUGUAGUCCAGCCUUGCCUCACUGCCUUUUAUAGAUAUGAGGCAUCCUGUCAUGUGUGGCUUCAUCUUGAUAACUUUAAUAAACAGCGUGAACACAUUAACCCAUUUUGGAUUUGUAGGAUUUAAAGUCUGUUUACACCCUAAUCUAAAUCUUAUGAGAUUUAUGUAGAAUGAGAAGAGGAGGGCGGAGUAAUAUUUGAAUCUUUCCAGCUUCCUCUUUCAUUUCCUCUCACCUAAGCUACUGCACCUUUUCGGAAAUGUUUCUCUCAGAUUAUACAUUAAAUCCCAUUUUAGAGGAUGCCAGAGUGGCUGCACGUGUGAGGAUUGCUUAUUGAGUUUCAAGUUAAAACAAUGAAAUAAUGGACUGGUGACCUUUUUGGGAGGUUUCUCUCCACCCAACACAUGCUGGGAGCGUGUAAUACAAUGUAGAAAACUCUGUUUUGUGGGAUUUGUUUCUGAGCUGAGAAAGGUUCGAGGUGGCACAGGGAUUUUGCUGCUCCGAGUCAUGACAUUAGCUCAGCUACCUACUGUUGCUCUGCAUCUGUUUACAACUUCACCUUUGAAGUCAUGUAAGUGCCAUGUUGUGUACAGUACAGUACAAUCAAUCCCUGCAAUUUUCCUACGGCUUUUCAUAUUCCUUGACUGUAAACUACGUGAGGAGGGGGAGAGGCACAGUCGAGCCGAGGAGUGAGAUACUUCUCGUGCAGUUCUGCUUUGUUCCAUUAGAGGAGGCUAGAUCCUUGUCUGUCUGAAUCGCUCAGGGAAGACUUAAGUUGCUCAGCUACUUUUCUAUAUUCAUCACUUAGAUAUUCUGUGGAAGUGUUUACCUGGAUUUCACUUGCUGAUAACCGACCCUUUCACCCAAAGCAUACAUGGGUUAGAGAUUUUAUUGUUUGCCAGUGUUUACUUUUGCCAGUGUUUUCUUUUGCGUCUCAGUAUCAAUAUUAGCUUUGCUAUUCCUGUUCCCAUGGGAAAGGGCUGGGCACUACUGUAUGUAAAAACAGUAUUGUGAGUAUUGACCCAAUGUCAAAGUGAUACUCCCUGUUUCCUUUAAAGUGUCUAUAGAGCACCGCUGUAGUGGCUAAUCGCACUGCACUAAUUCCCACCCCAUCACUGCCAGUGGGUGCGCUCUGCCGCCCCCGCAACUUUUCCUUCACCCCAUCGUACCCUGCAUCCUGCGUCAUGCAUGCGAUAUAGUCCCUCUUGUGAUGGCGGAGGAGUAUUGAUGAUUCUGUAGUUGUGAUACAACACACCCAGCGCUGUAAGAGUUCUGCACAUGCCCACUGUGUGGCCACGUUCAAGUGCUGAAGUUUGCUUGCAGCAUUUUACUUGUUUGCUCAUGAAAAUUAAUUCUUGUUUGAUAGAGAUUAUAUUAUUAUGACUAUUAUUGUUAUUACCACAUUUGGUUGUUGUUGUGGUAUUUUUUCCUCCUCGGUAUAUUCUAAGUCAGCUUCUUUGUUUUGAAUUUGAGAAUUUGCUGAAACUGUUUGGAGAUUUUUUUAUUAGACAAAGAAAGUGUCUCAUUAUUCUAUAUUCUAUGGGAAAAAAGCCUGUUUGUUGAUUGUUAAACAUAUGAACUGAUGUUUUCUGACUAUUCAUGUCUGUAUUAGACAUUUUAUUUGCGAAUCUAUUGUUCGAUUGAAAUGUAAAUGAACUAUUAAGAGAUGGUACACAUCCGUCAUUGUAUACAGUCUGGCACCAUCAUUAGAUGGACUUAUAGUAUAGACGCUCAUUUAUACAACCUGUGAUAAUUAGAUAUAUUUAAAUGUUUAAAUCAUUGGGGCAGUUGUGUAAUGUUUCAGAAUGAGGAAAAUAAACUCCUUAAGAGACAGCAUAUCUAAAAUGUCCCCAUAAUGAAUAAUACUGUUACGUAUUCCAUUUAUUUCCUUGGAAAUAUCACAUUGUGAAAGGUUUCCCUUUUACUUACUGUACGGUAAUGCAGGACUGGAGUCAUGAUGAUGAUGAUUUUUGUGCUUUUGAUGACUGAUGCAACUGUUUGAGUAUUGUUUGACUGACUGAUUGAUUCUUCUGUGCAUUUUCUGGCUCGUUCAUCUGUAUUACUCUGACUUACAGACAGCUUGGCCGAGCAGCAUACUGCUUCUGUGUUGCACUGAGAGAUGGAAUUAUUAAAAGGAAGAUUUCAGCACAUGAAAUUGCAUGCCACAAUAAACCAACAAGAAAUGAUGUUUCCU